GGAAUGUUUAGUAGAGUGGGGCAUAGAAAAGAUUUUAACCAUUACGGUUGAUAACGCUUCUUCCAAUGAUGUCGGGUUGAAAGAUUUAAUUAAAAGAAUAAGUUCUUGGAGAGUUGACAAUGUACUGUUGCAUGAUGGAAAAAACUUACAUAUGAGAUGUGUGGCUCAUAUCUUGAACUUGAUUGUGAAUGAUGGAUUAGGAUUGUUGAAUAAAUGCAUUCAGAGCAUUCGUAAUGCUGUUAGAUAUGCAAGAUCUUCUCCCCAAAGGUUAGGUAUGUUUAAGAAAUGUGUAGAGAAAGUGAAAAUAGAGAGUAAAGGGCUUGUGAUCAUGGAUGUCCCUACUAGGUGGAAUUCUACAUUUUUAAUGUUGCAGGCUGCUUUGAAAUUCCGCAAGGCUUUUGACAGGUUGAUAGACGAUGAUGGUCAUUAUCUAGGAUAUUUCAUUGGGGAAAAACAGGAACAGUUAAGGGAAGGGCCUCCAUUUGAUGAUGAUUGGGGGAAGGCAGAAGUGUUUGCUAAUUUCUUGAGACCUUUUUAUGAAGUUACUUUGAAGGUAUGUUGUUCAAAUACACCCACAAUUCAUACUGUUUUUGGAGACUUAGUUAAAAUUCAAGGUUUGUUAAAGGAAACUGGAAGUUCACUUCUAUCUUCAAUUUCAAUACCUAUGCAAGCCAAGUAUGAUAAGUACUGGGGGAGUUUAGAUAAGGUGAAUGAGUACAUAUUGGCUGCUAUGGUUCUUGAUCCACGUCAUAAACUGGAAAAGCUUGAAGAUUAUUUGGAAUUGAUCCAUGGGGAUGGUGACAAAAAGAUUGAAGCUGCUAUUACUAGUGUUAAAGCAUUUUUAUAUGAUCUUCAAAAUGUGUAUAUGAAUGAUGCUUCUAUGUCUUUGCAAACAUCACAACCAAGUGUUGGGGGCAGUGUUACUACUUUUGUGGUGGAGGUGAUGAAAACUUCAUCAAGUAUGACACAAGUUGAGAGAAAAUUGGCAGAAAAAGAGCAACAGAGAAGGGCUAAAAAAGCUGGAAGUAUAAAUAAUGAUGUGGAUAGGUAUCUUUUAGAUUCUAUCGAAGGGGAUGAAAAUUCAGAUUUUGACAUCUUGAAUUGGUGGAGAGUGAAUGGGGUUUGUAAAUACCCCCUUUUGGCAUAUAUUGCUAGAGAUAUUCUUGCAAUCCCGGUUUCUACAAUUGCUUCCGAAUCAUGUUUUAGCACUAGUGGUCGGGUAAUCGAUCCAUUCCGUAGUUCACUAAGUCCUAAAAUGGUGGAAGCAUUAAUUUGUACACAAAAUUGGCUUAGGAGUACUCAUGUUGCAUUACAUCAUGAGCCAACUAUUGAAGAGAUGGAGUUUUGUGAAGAAAUUGAGAAAGAACUUGCAAAUGGACAAAGUGUGGAAAAUACCAGGUUACCUCCUAGGACUAGGAAGUAGAAUCAAGUGGAGACCUUAAAGCAGUGAGCUGGGAUAGUUUUGAAGUUCAAAGUAUGGACUGAAUUGGAGUUAAAGAUUGGAAAUGUCUCUGUUAUGUUGUACUGUGUAUACUUGUUUUGGUUGCAAAAUAUGUUUAGCAUUGUUUAACACUUUGGCUUUUUAGCAGGUUGGAUUGAGAGGGAGCUUAUUGAUUGAUACUGGCAGUUUAGCAGGGCUGCAGGAUGGAUGGAGAGCUCACUGUUUGACAUUUUGGCAGUUUAGCACGAUGGAUUGAGAAAUGAGAGCUCAUUACCUUAUUUUUUUGCUAUUUAUUUUCACUGAACUAUGUUGCUCACUGGUUUUUAUCAACAUGUUCAUGCUGAAAUUUGUACUACUUUUUAAUAUGGUAUGACAGACUAGCUUAACUACCUACUUUCAUUUGUUUUUAAAAUGGAGCUCAUGCUUGAAUGGGUUACUGCUUUACAUGUUAAAAUGAUAUUUUUGAGAAUGGUGGUGAAUUGGUGAUUAUUUAGUGUUCUGCUACUUUAAUGUCUUUUCAAUUACUUCGCAUUAGAAUCAAUUACUAAAUUUGCAUGCCAAUUGUCUUCCUGUUAUUUUCAUACUUGGACUUUUG